UCCGCAUUGGCAUUUGCAUCAAUUUCAUAAUGCGAGCAUCAAUCUUACUGCCUCUUGGCGCUCUCUUCUCCUCCGUUCUCGCAUCGAAUUAUGUCGUGCACGAACGGCGUCAUGAGAAUACAGAUCAACGAUGGUCGAAAGUUGCGCAGCUUCGUGGAGAUCAAGUGAUGCCCAUUCGCAUUGGCCUGAAGCAAUCGAACCUCGAGCACAGCGACCGUUGGCUUAUGGAAGUGUCUGAUCCUAAAAGUCCACGCUAUGGCCAGCAUUGGACUGCCAAGGAAAUUGUCGAUGCGUUUAAACCAAGCGUUGAGACAAUUAAUGCGGUACACACAUGGCUCAACGACUCCGGUAUCCAUACCGAUAGACAUCAACUCUCAGAAGGCCUAGGUUGGCUCCAAUUUGACGCCAGCAUCGAAGAAGCGGAAAAUCUAUUCCAAACAACCUAUCAUCUAUUUGAGCACGGAAGAUCGUCGACAAAGCAUGUUGCGUGCGAUGAAUAUUCGCUUCCCUCGCACAUCAGCCCACAUAUUGAUUUUAUAUCUCCUGGCGUUCACUUUGACGCAAAGACCAAAUCUGACACUGAUCAAUAUUUUGCUGCCGAUGGCACGCGACUUUUGACCAAGAGGUCGGUCGUAGAACGGAAGAUGAAACGCGGUGAUCCACGUAUGUCCCAUAAGCCCUCUCAUCACAUGCCUAAGCCAGCUUGGAAGCCUUCGGGUCCGUACGAGGCACAAAUUUGCAAUACCUCGUUUGUGACGCCAGCAUGCCUAAGAUUGCUUUAUGGUGUACCGAGUAAUCUUCCAGCCGUGGAAGGCAACAGUCUUGGUAUCGUGGAGUACACACCUGAGUCUUAUCUUCCCUCAGACUUGGACUUGUUCUUUGAAGUCUAUGAGCCCCAGGCUGUGGGCGAGCGUCCAGUUUUUGACUCUAUCGAUGGUGGUUUCCUCUAUGAUUUCAACCUUACCAAUGUGACCGCUUUUAAUUUCCUCGGCGAGCCAAGUCUUGACCUCCAAUAUUCUAUGGCUCUCGUCUACCCGCAGGAUGUCAUUUUGUACCAGGUUGGAGACCUAGCAGAAGACAACCUGACCUCAUUCAACAACUUCCUCGAUGCUAUUCACGGCUCAUACUGCACCUACGACGGUGGCGAUGACCCUGAAUUCGAUGCCGUUUACCCUGACCCCUACCCCGGGCCGGACAGCUAUAAAGGCAAAGAGGACUGUGGUACCUACGCAGCUGCUAAAGUCAUCUCGACAUCUUACUCAUACUCCGAGAUCGAGCUGUCUCCAGCUUACGAAGAGCGCCAGUGCAGGGAGUACCUUAAACUUGGGCUGAUGGGCACAACGUUUGUCUACUCUAGCGGGGACUAUGGUGUAGAGUUCGAUGGCGGUGGAUGUAUCAACCCAAAUGGAACGGAAAACGAUGGCAACUCAGGAAUCUUCGUUGCAAGCUUUCCAGGAGGAUGUCCAUAUAUCCUCUCCGCGGGCGCAACGCAGAUCAGAAAUGGUACCUACGAUGUUGAUGCUGCUAUCAAAGCUGGAGAAGAGGUCGAGGUUGUGAUGGAGUUAUAUCUCACACCAGAGGGCUUAGUUGGUAUUGAUGUUCCUCCAGGCGCAAAUACCUCGGAUCAGGUAAUUUUCAGCUCGACUGGUGGAUUCUCAAACGUCUUUGCGCUUCCUGAGUAUCAAGCAUCAGCCGUCAAGGAGUACAUGGAGAAGUACGCCCCUGACUACCCGGGACAAUACAACAAUAGUGGCACAGUUCGAGGAUUCCCUGAUAUUGCCUCAAAUGGCGCUUGGUUCAGUAUCGCGGUUUUCGGUGAACUCUCCCAAGUCUUUGGAACUAGUUGCGCCGCCCCAACAAUUGCAUCCCUUCUUGCCCUUAUCAAUGGAGAGCGUAUCAAGGCGGGCAAGAGUACCGUUGGGUUCGUUAAUCCGACACUUUAUGCUCACCCUGAAGUUCUCAACGAUAUUACGGAGGGCCAAAAUCCGGGUUGUGGAACCAAUGGUUUCAGUGCCGUACCUGGAUGGGAUCCUACUACUGGUCUCGGAACUCCGAAUUAUCCCAAGAUGCUCGAGUUGUUCCUCAGCCUUUCCUAGAUGCUAACGAGGCUAUGAGCAUGACAUUUAUUAUUCUAGCUGGAUCAUGUUAGCAUGUUGUUAUCAUGCUGUGAAAAGCUUGGUGGAAUAAACGAAUAGCGGAAAAGCUGCAGGUUGGAUUAAAAUAUUCCGAAUAGAGAUAUAUUAAUAAAAGCAUAAUUACUUGCAGUA